AUGCUAAGGUUGAUUAACAGAGGGGUCCUAGCCAAAAAAGCACCAUGGAAAUCAGAGGAAGAAAAUCAGGCAAAACUAUACCUCCGAUACUUCAGCAAUAAACAACCAAAAUUAACCAAUUCGAAAAGACUAUUGAGUGAAAUAUGCCCCCCUCCACCAAAGCCACCCCCCAAAAAGAUGGGGAUGAUAUCAAAACUGAUGUUAAGCACUGUAUUAGUGGGUGGCGCUACAUUGGGGUAUGCCAAGUAUGAUGAUAAUUUUAGGAAUGAUUUAGCUGAAUAUGCCCCUUUCACCGAUACUUUAAUCAAGUACAUUUUCUUCGAACAAAGCCCCUUGGAUGCUUUGUCCGAGUCUUAUAAUUCUUUAAAAGAUACUGUUGUGUCUUCUGUUACUUUUUCAGAGACCAAAGAUAUACCAUCUGCUAUUCCUAAACCCAAAGAGUAUAAAGCCCCGCCGCCUAUAACGCCAUCUUUGGAGAAGCCUCAAAAGCAGGAAUCAAGUUACACUGAAAUCAGGCUCGAAACAAAAGAGAAAGGCAAAUCGGAGCCGAAUGUGGAAAUCGUUGGCGAUGUAAAGCCUGAGGUUAGAGAAGAAGGUAUCGAAGAUUUGGAGAGAAAAAUAUGCGAGAGCGCAACGGAAGCUGUAAAUGCCUACAACCGCGCUACCUACAAUUUAAAGAAAUACAAUCAAGAAAUCGCGUACGUUAUCGACGAGGCAGUCGACAAAAUCAAACCCGAUGUCUGGGAUAACAUCAAAGAGAAAUCAAGAUACAAGCAAGAUUGCAUCAAGAGUGCCGAAAGCAAAGCCGAAGAGGCUUCGAAAGUCAUCAACGAGCUCAAAUGCUUGCUAUCGAAACCCAGCUACAAAGCUUCGGAAGCCACGAAGGAAAUAGUGCGCGCCAACCUGGCCAAGGUUCAGGAAGACAUAGCGAACGCGAAAAAAACGUUGGAGAACGAGAAAAAGUUGGGCAGCGUGACGGAGAAGUACUGGGAGAAGGUGGAGGCGGCGAGAAAGCACUUUUCUCACGAGCUCGAAACCCUCUUUCCCACCAUCGACUUGGGCAGCAAGCAGGUGCACAUCAACCCGGAAGACGUAGAUCUUUUCGUCUUGCAUACUUACGCCAACGUGCUCUACUAUCAGAAAGAGCUGGCCAAGUUGGAGACCGUCAUCCACGACAAGGUCCAAAGGGCCGUGGACUCGGUGCGCAAAGGCGGCGGCGAAGUUUUGACAGACGCGCAGGUCUGCGAGGCCAUCCAGCAGGAGAAGAGGAAGUUGGCGGUGUGCUUUCAGCAACAGUGCCUCAAGAUGAAGAAGGAGAUGGAGUGCGACAUGCGCGAGCAGCUCAAGAUCCAGUCGCAGGCUUUCAGCGACCACCUGAAGGAGGCUAUCGAAGCCAGGGCGGCCGAAAUCGAACGGGAUCUCUCGAGGGUGUUCGACGAGAAGUUGGAGAACGAAAAGUGCCGAUACAAGUACCAGUUGGCCACCAUGAUUGGCAGACUUCGCGGCCUCGACCACGCCAUCAAAGCUAAAGCUGACAACGACGCCAUGGCGAAGCGCGCCCAGGUCUUAUGGAGUGCCGCGCAGGCACUUUUAAGGUCUCUGCGUUCCACCUGCGCAGGACAGCCUUGGAAGGACCAAUUAAGACCGCUCAACCCCGAAAUCAAGGCCAUCCAAAAGGCGGCAGCCGACAACGACGAGCUGGUGUGCUCGGUGGUGGCCGCCAUUCCGAAAGAGGCUACCGAACGCGGCGUGUACCCCGAGGAGGCCAUAAGAGAGCGCUUCCUCAAGGUGGAAGAGGUUGCGCGCAAGAUGGCGCUGGUGCCCGAAGAGGGCGCCUCCCUCCCCAUCCACAUCCUCUCCUAUCUUCAGUCGGUGCUUCUGGUGAAGGCCGCCAGCCCCAUCCCGCAAUCCGAACUGGAGGAUUGCGAGGUCGACUUCAGCAAGCUGGACACCAACGACAUCUUGCAGAGAGCCAGAUACUGGUUGGAUCGCGGCGAUUUGGAGCAAACGUUAAAAUACAUGAAUUUGCUAAAAGGUGCCCCACGUUCAGUGGCUAGACAGUGGAUGAACGAAACUAGAAUUUUGCUCGAGACUCAGCAAGCCGCCAACACCCUGAUGGCGUAUGCUGCCUCUAGCGGUUUAAUGUAUUUGUAG